CGCCGUGAUCUUUCUCCUCUUACCACCGUCGUCAUCUCCAUCCUCUUCGUCUUCGCCUCUCCUAUACGGUUAUAAAAUGGAUAACUUGGAAGAUCUGAAAAUUGUGGUGGAGCAGUGGUCGAAUCAAGGCAUUGAGUAUCUUCAGAAGAUACCACCGUUUCAGCUUUAUGCUGCUAUUGGUGUUCUGUUGUUGACAACCAUUUUGCUCCUAUCAUUUCGCUUGGCCAGACGUACCAAUUCCAACACUGUACUCCUUUCUGGGCUGACAGGAAGUGGAAAGACUGUGCUUUUCUAUCAACUCCGAGAUGGAUCAUCGCAUCAGGGGACUGUGACAUCAAUGGAACCGAAUGAAGGCACUUUUGUUCUUCAUAGUGAAAACGCUAAGAAAGGAAAAAUCAAGCCUGUUCAUCUUGUUGAUGUUCCUGGGCACUCUCGUCUUCGACCCAAGCUUGAAGAAUUCUUGCCCCAAGCAGCUGCCAUUGUGUUUGUAGUCGACGCCUUGGAGUUCCUCCCUAACUGCCGUGCAGCUUCAGAGUACCUAUACGACAUUCUGACCAAUGCCAACGUUGUCAAGAAGAAGAUACCAGUCCUCCUUUGCUGUAACAAGACGGAUAAACUCACUGCACAUACCAAGGAGUUCAUCAGGAAGCAGAUGGAGAAAGAAAUUGAGAAACUGAGGGCUUCGAGAAGUGCAGUAUCUACAGCUGAUAUAGCCAAUGACUUCACCAUUGGGAUCGAAGGCGAAGUGUUCUCCUUCUCGCAUUGCUCUAACAAAGUCACUAUCGCUGAAACAUCUGGACUCAACGGAGAUACCAUUCAGGUCCAAGACUUCAUUCGAGAAUACAUCAAGCCCUGAGAGCUAACAUGUACACAUCCGUAGAUUGAAUCUUAUCAUAAGAUUUCUUAUGCUUUGGUCUGUAACUUUGUUUUGAAUUUAGAGGUCCUUUGUACAUUAGUUACUGUCAGAGAUUCGUAGCUAUAUUUUCUGAGUUGGAUAAUCAGAGUGUUUAAGAAAAAAAUU